ACUUCUAUUUACCUACAACGCUCGCUCACGUUCAACCAAAAGUGUGAUGAAAAAGAUGCUAUUAUCAGAACCGGAUAAGAACGGCAAAGCAAAAUCAGAACAUAAUGAUCUGGCUAAAUGUACAGGGAAGUGCUGUAAUGUUCAUUUUAUUAAUCAGACUGUCAAUUUCACCCCAGAGGCCAAAGCCCAGAGCAUCCGGGCAUACGAUCAUCGGCGGAGGACAGGGGCUGUCCUCUGAUUCUUCUCUACCUGGAUGCAUUCGCCUGUCGCUAGGCCGCCUUCAUCAUCCACUGACAGACGCUUGUAUUUAUUUGCUUAUAAACCUGUUACAAUAAAUGAUUAUUCGAACAGCGUCAUUCGUACCUUAAUGACGAGCACUAGUUUGAUGAAUGACACAUCGGGAGAAAGGAAGCACGGGUCAUUUUGACCAGUCGUUCCCUCGCAUUGACAUAACACUUUUUCUUUGCACCAAAAAGAUAAAUUUCGAGACACUUGCGGGCUGGAUGUGAAUUGGCCACAGCUGCAAGAUCAUCAUUAGUGUAGUAUCAGCCUGCAACCUGCUCUCAGCUUCGGGAUGGAAAGGAUAAGGAAAGAAAUAAUUCUGAUGGAACGGGGACUGCAUAGUCCUGCUGGCAAAAAGGUUUCGAAUUUGUCAGACUCAGCUGGAAAUGCAGUGGAGGAGGCCCUUGAAAAUUCUCAUCACAGUGGUCGGCUCAGCCCCAGACCCACUUCCGCCUCCCUUCACAACACUGUUGGGGACACCACAACAAACGGCAAAUUUGAGAUAGACAAUUUAUUCCACCAUCAACAUUCAAGCGAUAGCACGUCCUCGUCUGAAAUUUCGUCCUCGGAAACAAGGAAAAAAUUCUCCCUUUACUCAGAACUUGCUAGUCGGGAAAAAGAAGCAGAUAUGAACAGUGAUGUUGAUGUGGGCUGUUCGACACUCCGCUCUCCAGCCGGCGUCAGUACAACGCAACUGAAAGAAAAUACAAACAAAGUGUAUUCUGAGAAUGGUAGUUCAACUAACACUUCAUCGAAUGGGUCCAAUAUUACGAAUCUGAACGGCAGCUCCAGUUCAAUAGGCAACUCGGGUUCUGGUCCUGACCAGGUGAGACGGUAUCGAACAGCGUUCACCCGAGAACAAAUCGGUAGAUUAGAGAAGGAGUUUUACAGAGAAAACUAUGUAUCCAGACCCAGGCGAUGUGAACUGGCCGCAGCCUUAAAUCUACCCGAAACUACUAUUAAGGUUUGGUUUCAGAACCGGCGGAUGAAAGAUAAAAGGCAGCGACUAGCCAUGUCAUGGCCCCAUCCGGCUGACCCAAGUUUUUACACCUACAUGAUGACCCACGCAGCGGCCACUGGAAGCUUGCCUUACCCUUUCCACUCUCACGUUCCCCUGCACUACUACCCACACGUUGGCGUCACAGCCGCUGCAGCCGCCGCUGCCGCUACAGGUGCCACGCCCUUCCCCACCUCCAUUCGCCCGCUCGACACCUUCCGCGCCCUCUCCCACCCUUACUCGCGGCCCGAGCUGCUCUGCAGCUUCCGCCACCCGGGCCUUUACCAGUCCCCCCACAGUCUGAACAGCAGCGCUGCUACAGCGGCGGCGGCGGCCGCAGCGGCUGCAGCUGCCUCGACGCCGGCGGGCGCUACUCCCUGCUCCUGCCUGAGUUGCCACAACAACCAAGGCGGCGCGCUGGGGCCCAGGAGCGCGAGCUCCGACUUCACGUGCACCGCGACUGCGCAAAGGUCGGAGAGCAGCUUUCUACCGUACUCGGCCGCCGUGCUCAGCAAAUCAGCGGCUGUGUCACCGCCUGACCAACGGGAGGAGUCCUCUCUGACCAGAUAACUUAUCCUGGCGGUGCUUCUCACCAAGGCCAACCAAUGCCCAACUAGCAAAUGGCUAAGACUCAUUGCUUUUGUUUUGUUAAACCUUGCACCCUUAGUAAUCACCGCUUUGGCGCAAACAUGGACAAUUUUCCAUCAAAGCCCGUUUUAAAGAGUUUUGCUAUCCUUUUAACAUGAACUACACGUCCCAGUUUCGUUGAUGACCACUCUUUCCAAAUUCAUUUGAUCCAGUUCUAAUCGUUGAAAAAGAUCCCCGUGGAUUCUUGUAAAGCUAAUUGUCCUCUUAAUUGUACUAGACUGUACAAAAACUGUGAACUUGUAAAGCAUUACCGCCUUUUCAGGUGAUAUUGCUGAAGAUAUUACAUUUGAUAAGACAGUUGAGGCUAAAUUCAAGAAAUAUAAUACUGUUUUAAAGCAGUUUUCACCAAGAACAAAGACCAACUACAAUGGGAUACUAUCUCUUUAAAUAAAGCUGACAAAUGAAGGUCACUUUGGGAAGCACACAAUUCCAUUAAUUUUAUUCGCCUUCUUUAUAAGAAGACCCUUUUCUGUGAAAUUGGGUACGAUCAAGCCUACUGUUUUGGCCCAGGAGUGCCACCACCGGGUAUCUGACAAUUAUUCGCUGCCAGAAACAACUCCUCGAGGACUUUGGCAAAGUUCGAGGAAGACACAUCAGACACCGCCAAUGUUAUUGCCGUGUCAAUUCCGAUGCUAAUAAUGUGCAGAUUAUGACGAAAAUUGCCAAUCAUGUACCUUGAUGGACCUCCUUUGAAUGUAGAAUUGGAAAAAAGUUCCCUGCACUGAGACCUGCUGUCAAAUACUAACAACCCGCUAAGGGAAGUCAUUAGAAGAGAUAGAUAAGAGACUUGAUACAUAAAACAUUGUUCACGUUGCAUAGAAUGUACUGGAUUUAAUGUGGUAUUCGUUAUCUGAAGUGAUUUUGCAGAAACCCUACGUCCUCAUUGUCCCACUGCCAAUUUUAAUUUUGGAAACCUAUAUUGUAGACAUUUUGUGUCCACUUUCCCUUGUAACCAGUAUGGUACUGAUGUGAACAGCCUCAUUAAACCAACCUAGAAAUUUCCAUAAUACGCCCCAUAGAGCCACUUCACUCUUCACUUAAUGGGAUUCUUCAGGAAAAAAAAAGUAACUCAUUUUUUUCAUUGUGCAUACUUCCCACAGGGUCCUUUGUCAAGCUCUUGUAAAUUAACUCAUAAAAUUAUAUAAUUUUUCAGUUCCCCCUUUCGGUGAUUGUUGCUCAAUAAGUCUUUCAGAGGAGGUUACGCUGCCGUCUCCAAAACAGUUUAAAGCGGGUAAUAUAAGUAGCAUGCAAGUUGUAGGUGGCAGGCGUGCUGGAUGUUGGUGACUGUUUACUUUGGACUGCGUUAAAUGUUAAAUCAGGACCAGAUUGCGGUUGAAAUUAAAGGCACUCAACUUGAUGGCUUCACAGUAAAAAUGCAAGAAAACACAGUGAAAGCAGAAGUGUUGAUUGUGACCUUAAAAGCGACGGAACAAACACGUAUAGUAUCAUCUUAAAAUACCAUUGUUCUGUUUUCAUUUUGUUUUGCAAUGCAGAACCCAGAAUUAAAAAGCCAAAAUCACAUCAGUGUUGCAGACUACCACAAUUAUUCUUGUGACUGUUAGAUUUUUGGCGAUUUGCUGAAACCUUGUACUGUUGCUUAUUGAAAUAAAACGCGCUGAACCGCCAAUUAAGAGAACCCGUUACAAAAGGAAAAGAUGGACAAAAAUCUCUCGACCUUUAUACAAAAAAAACUACUGAUAUGGAUGUAGGUUUUUAAACAAAAUGGAACUAAAUGUUUUACUGUAGGCCUUUAGGCCUGAUGGUGUAAUGUCGAAAUGUAAUAUAGUAUUUGUGCUUGAAAAUAUUGCUGGACGUACCUACUCAUUGUAAAAUAUUUUAACUUAUACAAACGUGCAAUAAUUAAAAGCUUUGUAUAUUCUGUUAUUUAUGGUGUUGUUCAUGGAAAAUAAAUGUUAUUGAAAGCA